AUUUGGAUAAACUGGAAUAAAAAAAUUUUUUUAAAGUGUUUAUGGCGGGCAAUGGCUGUCCGCCAGGCGGGGUCAGGAUCUGGUUGCGUUUUGUUUUUUGCCUCCUCCUCGUCCUAGUCCCUUGUCAGACUGGUUUGAGCUCCCAAACUCCCCGCCCCUUAGGUUAUCAUCCUGGCUAUCCAGGAUCAGGUCUUUUUGAUGUUGUGAAUAAUUAAUUAUACCACCAGGUCCAUUCUGUCCACAAUUGAAAUGCUAGCCAUUCAGUGAGCCACCGACAACAAUUCCCAUUAUUGUGUAAACCGGAGCGAGCCUGUUAGGCAGCCACGAGUUAAUGUAGAAAAUCCUAAGAAAUACGAUGCCUUUUGCCCAAAAGCAGUGGAGAGUGUCUUUCAGAGUGCUUUUGAGUCCUUGGAAUAUCUUGUGUAGACAUCUAAUGUGUUUUUAUUUUUUUAACCUUUACAGAAAGAAGCUUAUACAUGCCAAAAUCAUUUAACUGAUGUCUAACUAGCUUCAGUACUUUCUGGUAGCAACCCCUGCCUGCAGAAAAGUAGCAGAGAGGAGAAACCCCACUCAGGUGUACCAUGGCUAUACCCAUCACAGUGCUUGACUGUGACCUGCUGCUGUACGGCCGAGGCCACCGGACGUUGGACCGUUUCAAGCUGGAUGAUGUGACGGACGAAUACCUGCUGUCCAUGUACGGCUUUCCUCGGCAGUUCAUCUACUACCUCGUGGAGCUCUUGGGAGCCAGUCUUUCUAGACCAACUCAGCGAUCCCGGGCUAUUAGCCCAGAGACCCAGAUCCUUGCAGCCCUGGGCUUUUACACCUCAGGUUCCUUCCAGACUCGAAUGGGAGACGCUAUUGGAAUCAGUCAGGCCUCCAUGAGUCGCUGCGUGGCCAAUGUCACAGAGGCGCUGGUGGAGAGGGCCUCGCAGUUCAUCCACUUCCCGGCGGAUGAACAAUCCAUGCAAGCCCUGAAGGAUGAGUUCUAUGGCUUGGCAGGGAUGCCAGGUGUCCUAGGGGUAGUGGACUGUCUGCAUGUGGCCAUCAAGGCCCCCAAUGCUGAAGACCUCUCCUACGUGAACCGCAAAGGCCUGCACUCUUUAAACUGCCUGAUAGUGUGUGACGUCAGAGGGGCACUGAUGACCGUGGAGACCAACUGGCCCGGCAGUUUGCAGGACCACGCUGUGCUGCAGCAGUCUUCACUGAAUACUCUUUUUAAAGCUGGGAUGCCCAAAGAUAGCUGGCUGCUUGGUGACAGCUCCUUCUCACUCUGCACCUGGCUCAUGACCCCGCUCCACAUCCCGGAAACGCCGGCCGAGUAUCGCUACAACAUGGCCCAUUCUGCAACUCACAAUGUGGUGGAGAAGACCUUCCGAACCCUCUGCUCCCGGUUCCGCUGUCUGGACGGAUCCAAGGGGGCCCUGCAGUACUCUCCAGAGAAAUCCAGUCACAUCAUCUUGGCUUGCUGUGUCCUCCAUAACAUCUCCUUGGAGCAUGGCAUGGACAUUUGGUCCUCUCCCACAGCGGGACCCACCGAGCAGCCCCCCGAGGAGGAGUUUGAGCACAUGGAGUCGCUGGACUUAGAGGCUGACCGUGUCCGUCACGAGCUGAUGCUUGCUCAUUUUAGCUAACGUGGUGGCAAGUCAGGAUGAGUGAGACUUUUGAGAAGGAGUUGUGACAAGUUGCCCCAUCGCCACCCUCUCCUAGGCAGUGCCACCACCACCUAACAUGCCUGAGCAUACAGACGGCUGUCACAAGUUGACAUCUAAUCUGUAUUUUGGAAGGGUUGGCCCUGUGCCAAGUUAUACUGAGUCAUUUGCAGAUAAGUUAAUUGAAAAGCAAGACAGGAGUCCCCUACCAUCCAGUCAACUCCACAUCAAUCCCCCGUCCUUUGAAAGCUCACUGGUUGCCAACAUUGAGAGUUGUGCUAGCCAAGUCAUAGAAAAAAGGAAAAUAUAAAAUAGCCCAAAUA